AGGCGGAAGUCAACAAAAGACCGCACAGCCUGUUGUGUUCCUGCGCCGAGAGGACAGGUACACUCCUCUGUUCAUACCAGCAGAAUGGCGGACGAGGAGGACGAUGCCGGGUACGACGAGGAGCUGGAUGACGGGUCGGGCGGAGGGGACGGCGGCGGCCACGGGAAGAGGAAGAGGCUCUUCUCCAAGGAGCUCCGGUGCAUGAUGUACGGCUUCGGGGACGACCAGAACCCGUACACGGAGUCCGUGGACAUCCUGGAGGACCUGGUGAUCGAGUUCAUCACGGAGAUGACCCACAAGGCCAUGUCCAUCGGGCGCCAGGGCCGCGUCCAGGUGGAGGACAUCGUUUUCCUCAUCCGAAAGGACCCCAGGAAGUUCGCCAGAGUCAAAGACUUGCUGACCAUGAACGAAGAGCUGAAGAGAGCCCGCAAAGCUUUCGACGAGGCCAAUUAUGGCUCAUAAACCCACAUGUGUUCAAAGCUACAUCAAAUUUCCUUUGAUUACACUUGAGUCAGUUAUUUUGUGAUGUUUAUUAUCUUGUGUGUGUGUCAAAGUGUUGCACAGAUGCCUGGGUAAUGGUGUCUGGGACUGUCUCAAUAAAGAAACUUACAUUUUGGUUGAA